AUGAGAGCAGCUUUUGAGCCCAGUGAGACCAAGUUAUUGACAUCAACCCCUACUAGCAAACUAUUGACGGAUUCGCCGGUUUUAGCAACUGCUUUGUCGCAGAUAUUUCCAUACAUUUUAUUAGUCGACGGAAUCCUAGAAACGAUUACAUGGACAAACGAAGACCACUAUCGCAACUUCUUGAUUUUGACGGUGUAUUCGUGUGUUGUGAUGUAUUGGAGCAUGGUUAGCCAUUUUUUGCUUCCCUUGAUAUUAGCAUUGACAUUUGCCAGUGUUGUUUGGCUGAUCAGCUCAAUUGUCUAUGAUUCCAAGUACGAUGAGAAGCCAACGAUAGAGGAGGUGUUGUAUACCUUGCACAACAUCACGAUACGUUUUGAAAUGAUUUUCAGGCCGAUUAAAAAAUUCCCAUUCACAAUCUCAAAUUAUACCCGAUUGUUAGUUGUAACGAUAUUGUUAUCACCCGUGUACUGGUUUUUGGUAAAAACAGUGAUUCCACCGCAAAAGUUCUUAUGGUAUUCUGGGAUAUUUGCGUUGACGUUUCACAGCCCUCAUGCGUACGCAAUCAGACAAUUGCUUUGGAGAUCGAUAUAUCUCAGGCUUGUUGUUGUUUACAUUACUGGGUUGGAUGUCAAAGUGACGAAGAAGUAUGAUCCUAGUGAAUACCAAGAAGUGUCAAGAGUACAAACACCAGCAACCAGUGACGCUGAAGGUGACGGGACGAUUGCAACACCCACAUUAUCCAAUUUCAAAAUAUUGAAAAAGAAGAUGGUGUCACCUACGCAACUAAAACAAACUGUUGUGUUUGAGAUUUUGGAAAACGAAAGACGAUGGAUCGGUUUAGGUUGGUCCUCUUUGCUAUAUCCUAGCGAGAGAUCCAACUUCUGUUAUGCGAAUACACUUCAACCAGCACCUCCAAUAACCAUCCACAAGGAAGACUUCCCCUUCCCCAUUUAUGAAAAUGAUAUUUAUUCGUAUCAAUGGGAAUGGCUCGAUAAGGAUUGGAAGUUGGACACCGAGUUUAAUAAAUCGAAAUCUCAAGAUGGCUGGGUGUAUUUUGACACCAAGUGGGAAAAUCCUCGAUACAGAGAUGGGUUUAGUAAAUUCACGAGAUCUAGGAAAUGGACUAGAACUGCGACUUUGAUGAUUGAUAAGCAAAGUACCGUUUAUGAUGAGUGA